GCAUGAGGGUGGGCGAGUGAGUUGCAAGAUGGCCGUGCGACGGAAAUAGCUAGUGCCAACUACCAGGUCCGGAAUAGUGUGUUAGUGACAUGUACAUGGACCGAGUAGUGUUGUUUGUGGCGUGCGGGAGCCGGUGAAUUAUCCAGUCCCUGUACCCUACAGCCUCUAGAAGAACAUUCCACCACACAGCAUGGCCUCGGUCGCCGCUUGGCUGCCCUUUGCCCGGGCGGCGGCCAUCGGCUGGGUUCCCAUCGCCACCCACCCGCUGCCUCCACCCCCUAUUCCCAAAGAUCGUCGGAAAGCCGAUGACGAGAAAUUACUGAUUAACGUUUCAGGACGGCGGUUCGAAACCUGGCGAAACACCCUUGAAAAAUACCCAGACACUUUGCUAGGUUCCAAUGAGAGGGAGUUCUUUUAUGACGAAGAAUGCAAGGAAUAUUUUUUCGAUCGCGACCCUGAUAUCUUCCGCCAUAUUCUGAAUUACUACCGCACGGGGAAACUUCACUAUCCAAAACACGAGUGCUUGACAAGUUACGAUGAAGAGUUGGCGUUUUUUGGCAUCCUUCCCGAUGUCAUCGGCGACUGCUGUUACGAAGACUACCGUGACCGGAAACGAGAGAACGCCGAACGGCUCAUGGACGACAAGCUGUCCGAGAACGGCGACCAGAACCUGCAGCAACUAACUAACAUCCGUCAGAAGAUGUGGAGAGCCUUCGAGAACCCGCACACAUCCACGGCAGCCCUUGUUUUCUACUACGUGACUGGCUUCUUUAUUGCCGUGUCCGUAAUGGCCAACGUGGUGGAGACUGUUCCCUGCGGACACCGUCCGGGCAGAGCCGGCACCCUGCCAUGCGGCGAACGUUACAAGAUCGUGUUCUUUUGCCUGGACACAGCCUGCGUCAUGAUAUUCACUGCUGAAUAUCUGCUUCGGCUCUUCGCGGCUCCGGACCGUUGCAAAUUUGUCCGCAGUGUGAUGAGCAUUAUCGAUGUGGUUGCCAUCUUGCCCUAUUACAUCGGACUCGGGAUCACCGACAACGACGACGUAUCCGGCGCCUUCGUUACUCUCAGGGUGUUCCGAGUGUUCCGAAUUUUUAAGUUUUCGAGGCACUCUCAGGGCCUACGUAUCCUGGGCUACACCCUCAAGUCUUGCGCCUCCGAGCUCGGGUUCCUCGUCUUCUCGCUAGCCAUGGCUAUCAUCAUCUUCGCAACCGUCAUGUUCUACGCCGAGAAGAAUGUGGACGAGACCAACUUCACUUCCAUUCCAGCUGCAUUCUGGUACACCAUCGUGACAAUGACAACACUGGGGUAUGGCGACAUGGUGCCGGGCACGAUAGCCGGCAAGAUCGUGGGAGGUGUCUGCUCGCUGAGCGGGGUGCUGGUCAUCGCCUUGCCGGUACCUGUCAUCGUGUCCAACUUCAGUCGAAUUUAUCAUCAAAACCAGAGGGCAGACAAGAGGAAAGCACAAAGGAAAGCGAGACUUGCCCGCAUUCGCAUCGCCAAAGCGUCCUCUGGAGCGGCCUUCGUCAGCAAGAAAAAGGCAGCGGAAGCUCGACUGGCGGCACAGGAGUCGGGACUGGAGAUGGACGACAACUACCACCAGGAGGACAUCUUCGAGCUGCAACAUCACCACUUACUCCGGUGUCUCGAGAAAACCACGGACCGCGAGUUUGUGGAGAUGGACGUUCCAUAUAACGGGCAGCCGAAACGUCCAGGGUCGCCGUCACCCCUGGCCAGCCCGGCGCACUCUGCAGCCAGUCACCCUGGACUUCUACACGCUUGCUGUGGUCGUUGCUGCGGCCAGCGUUAUCAGAAGCAUCAGCGCGGGGCGACGCCUGAGUCCGCUGUCCACGAGGAAGAACUCAACGACAUACAGGUCCGUAUGCACUCCAAUCGCUCUCCACCAAGCGAGCCCACUCCGGACCGCCUCUCUCGGGCCAGUCUCAACCAGAGCAACAUGACAGGGGGCGUCGCGACGACAGCAACGGGAGGCACAGGUGCUGGUGGUGCUUCGCUUGUUUCCAUCAGCAAGCCCAACUCAACCACAUCUUCCACUAUGACUGCAUCUGUGGUGGUCAAUCUUCCAGCGUCUUACCCUGGGUCUGAGGUGGAACCGGCGUCCCCCGUCUCUCCCGGAGCGUCCCCCUCCACAUCGCCUGACCAGCAGCCGGAGGUCCGCAUCUCCUCAUUGUAACUCUCCCCUAAUGUAAUAUCUCACAUCGGGCCUUCAGAUAAGUAUUGAACACCAAGGCAUCGACGCGUGCAUACACGAGUUCAGCGAACCCAUCAUUCCGUAGCGGACAGGAAGUGAUCAAAUUGUGAUAUAAGGUACUCGUUAGGCGGUGGAAGAAAUCAGAGAAACAGAAGGAGUUGCUUUGUGUAGUUGACGACUCAGAUUUUGUUGUUGAACCUCCCUGACAAAACAAGAAAAUUCCAUAACUAGAUUGCUUUUCGGUGAGACAUGGGGCUCUCAUGGCGGUAAGGCUCACGAUUAGAGUCCUCGGGGAUGUGAAGCCGUGUAUGUCUAACGACUCCAUCUUUACCCUGAAGACAGAGGCAAGUUCCUCCGAACUGGCCGUACUUACUUACCAGACUACACGACGUCACAUCCCAGAAGACAGCUUUCAGAACGUUCCAACGUUAUCCUCCUUCGGAGCUGAAGAAAGUGUACCAUAAUCCUGAAGAAGGCAAAAAGUUUUCGGUCAGGGAAACCAUCGGAUUACUUCAAGAGACGGAAGUAGCCAUGGCUGUUGUUUAAUUAUUAGUAAGCAAACGUCGUGACGUGAAACAAAUGACUUCACAUGUAAUCAAUUUGUCUGUUGCUGUUGUUGAUGUUGUUGUUGUUGUUGUUAUAUGUUCUCUUAAUUUUCUAGUUUUAAGCUGUUUCAGGGGAGAGAAAAUAUUUCUUUUUGUCAAGGUGUAGAUUUUUCUUCAUAAAAGUCUUUGUCUCCCAGAAAACAUUUUUUGUGAGUUGACACAAAUUUUAAUGUUACGCUUUACUUGCAUGCAGACACUUUUCUUAACCGGACAAAAUAAAGCAUUACAACUGGAA